CCGAGGGCAGUAUGGCGGAAGCAGGGGAGCAGCCGCCGGUCUCGCCUCAGAGCGAGGGCCGAAGGGAGGGCGGGGAGGACACCCAGGAGGGCGGAGCCUCGGCGGGGGCUGCCGAUCCGGCUGCCCCCUCGGCGGGCUCGCCGGGCAGCGAAGAACCCGCCGGCGACACUAAAAAGAAAAUCGACGUGCUGCUGAAGGCGGUGGGGGACACCCCCAUCAUGAAGACCAAGAAGUGGGCGGUGGAGCGCACCCGCACCAUCCAGGGCCUCGUCGACUUCAUCAAGAAGUUCCUCAAGCUGAUGGCCUCCGAGCAGCUGUUUAUAUACGUGAAUCAGUCCUUUGCUCCAUCCCCAGACCAGGAAGUUGGGACCCUUUAUGAGUGUUUUGGAAGUGAUGGAAAGCUUGUACUACAUUAUUGCAAAACCCAGGCGUGGGGAUGACUGACAGGCAAUACAGCAGUUUAAAUGCAAUCUUCAGAAAUGGAAAAGGGACUAACCUUCAAAAGCUCUGCCUAUAAACAUGCAGAAAGAAGGGUUAUUUGUUUGUUUGUUUUUACAUUUCUGCAUAUGACUAUACUUUUAUAAAAGUGAUGGAGAUGAAUAGUAUAAAAGAAGAGAUACCUAGGCUAUCCAAUCAUGUAACUUUCUUCUAGUGCCAUCUGGGAUACAAAAAUCUGCAUGUGCCAUCUGUAGAACAGAGCCAGCUCUCUUGCUGCUGAGCUCCCAGUUGCUGUAUUUGAAGAGAAACAGCUUUGUCUUGAGGAGUGGACUGCUCUCUGUCACUUGAUGUGCUGUACUGAAGACAGCUUCUUUUUAUUAAAAGGGAUAUUUAUUGCAUAUAUAUACUGUGAUUCAGUUUAUUUCUGACAUGAGUGUUACGUGUGUUUUUUUUUCCUUUGUGAAGUCUUCAUCUUGAACGUGCACUCUGAUGUCUUUUCCAGAAAGUAUUUUGAAUUUUUCAUAAUUAACAUUUACUUAUUUGUAUAUAAUUUAAUUAUUUUACCUUGUGCCUUCUUCACAUUGUCAGUGCAAGGACCACAUUUAUAUUUGUUCAAAUUUUAACUUAAAUUAACAGUACGAUGAUAUGCCUCAGAAAUAUUUUCCUCCCCCCAGAAUCAUCUAGCACUGUGUUGAAAACUGAGCAAGCACUUCAGCAGUUGCCAGAAAAAAGGGCUUUUUUGUUUUUGUUUGGUUGGAUUUUUUUUUACACUGUUUAACAACUAGCAAAAGCUGUUGGAUCUUUCUGUUAAUAAAAAUAUCAUACAGUGGAAUGCUAAAA